AUGGAAGACACUGAUGACGAAGAAAACGUACAAGUUAUUGUGUUUGGAAAUUCGUCAAAAGCUGAUUUUGAUGAUUUCUAUAGAGAAGAAAUAAUAAAAGAGAAAAAUGAUGAAGAUAAAAACAACACAAACACAAAUAAUUCUAUCAAAAAUGAAAUUCAGAAUGAAGAAAUAGAAGAUUUAGAUUUAGAUGCACAAGUAUUAAAAGCAACGAAAGAAAAUAAAGUUUUUAUGAAAUAUGAAUAUACUAAUGAAAAACCAUGGUUAUAUCAUAAUGACAUAAGUAUGUGGUUUAAUUAUAAUUUUGAUGAAAAUAGUUUUAAAGAAUGGAUUCAAAAACAUAUUGAUAGAAGAAUCGAAAAGCAUCAGAAUUAUCAAAUUGAAAAUUCAGAUAAUAUCUAUAAUGAAAAUUUUAAAAAUAAUAUAAAUACCUCAGCUUAUGAAGAUGACUUACAAAUUUCUAAAAAUCCAAAUUACAAAAAUCAAAAUAUAAAAAACAAAAUGAAAUAUAAAAAUACAAAAAAUAAUUUUUAUAAUAAUAAGAAUAAUAUUCUAAAUAAUUUUAAUAAAGAUAAUUCUUCCAUAGACGAUGAAAACUACUUUGAUAAUGAUGCAUAUAAGAAUGAAGAUUUUUACACAUAUUCUAAUAUAAAUAAAUCAAACGGUAGUAAUAAAGAUAUUAAGAAUAAUUUUACACAAAAUUAUAUUUAUAGUAAUAAUAAUAAUGCAAGCAUGAAUAAUUAUAACAAUAAUAACAAUAAUAACAUUAAUAAAUUAAGAGAUGAUACAGUAGAUAUUCCAAUUCAAAAUGAUGAUUUAAGGCAGUUGCAAAAUUUAAUUAACUUUUUUAAAGAAAACCCAGAAGUAUGA